UUAUUUUGUCAAUGGCGGACAGUCAACGUAACGGACGGGGAAUAUCAACACUGUAACCCGGGAAAAGACAACCUGAAACGCGGGUGGCUAAUUAUUAAUAGAAGCCUUAAACCAAACUCUCCAAUACUGAGGCUUUGAUAACAGGCGACAGACCUCUGGAAAUAAGUUAUAUGGUUGAUGCUAACAAGCUAGCUGGCUAAAAUCUGACAGUAGCCUAGCUACAGUAGCAGCGGCCUGGGGUUUUGUAAAAGUUGGAUUUUCUGACCAGCUAGCUAGCAUCACUAGCCAUGGACAUCUAGAUCGGAACGUCACCCGUACCGGUGUGAUGUGGAGCUCCAAGCGGAGUGAGCCACACCUGACUCCCCCGGUGCAGCCUACUGGGCAGGACAACGGGAGAGAGCUGUCAGCUGCAUGGACAAGUCUGAAUCAGACCAAAGCUGCUUUGCGGCACAUUGAGAACCGCCUGGAGGCAGCUCCUGGCUCUGGGGUUCUGCUGGAAUCCAUCAUGGAUACAAAGAAAAGCUCUGGGGGCGCCACAAGGAAAGUCAGCCGCAGGGAUGGGCGGCGCACAGAGGACUGCUCUCAGGCAGGUGGAACCUCCAAGUCCAGCACAAGAAGUCGUCGCAGCCCAGACAAGAGCUCCCGCAGCCCAGACAAGAGCUCCCGCAGCCCCCUGAGGAACACCACACAGGACAGCAAUGUCCGUAGGAACAACUGUGUGGAGUUCAAGGAGCCUCUGGCUUCCUAUAGGGAAGCGACUCCACCACCCCUGACCUCCUCACAGCUGGAGGCCCACAGUCUGCAGUCCGAGGUGGCUAACCCCCCUCCCCCGGACUCCCGUCUCAGCCAGCUGGUCUACCAGAGCGACACCCGAGACCAGCAAACCCGCCGAGACCUGGACAGCACACACUCGUCUGCUCUGGACAGCACCGUGGUGCGCUACCUCAACGACCGGCCCGCGCUGGACGCCCUGCGUCCCCCAAGCCACGCUACUGCAGCCAGAGACCCUCACAGGGAGGAGGGCCCGGAGGACAGGCCCAAAGCACACACCCUGGAGUGCCCGGCACCACCCUCAGCAGAGAACUCUUCGUCCUCCAGUCCUGGCUCAGCCUCCCAGCGGCUGGAAAACUUAAGGCGAAGGCAGCCGGACGACAAACUGGAGAAGCUGAAGGAGCGGAUCCGCAGGCAGAGAGAGCACCUGGAGGAGGCUGCAGAGAGAGACGGUUUGCUGGGGUACCUGGAUCAGACAGUGGGCAUCGCUGGAGCUGUGGCUAAAACCACGGCUAAAGUGCGCAAAGUGGCAGCCGCACCUCCUGCACCUGUAUACAAAGGUUUCAGCAGUAGUGAGACAAAGAUCCGCACUCCUGAUGGGAAAGUGUGGCGAGAGGAGGAGUUCCACAACCUGAGCAGAGAGAUCUACAGAGACCUGUCUCGCCAGCUCUCAGACAGUACCAAGCCCCAGCAGCGGCCCACAGAGAAGGCUAAGGAGAGGAAGCCGUCCAAGCCUGUGAGGAAAGUCCAUAAAUCAGCUCCUGUUCCUGACCCAAAGACCAAGCCAGUGAUCAGCACCACGUCAUGGCGGGAGGGCCAGAAGAUGGUGAAGAUGGUACUGGGUCCCGCUCCACGUCUGCCUCGAGAGCAAAGGCCAGAGCCCACAGACAGACUGGCCAGGACAGGACCCCUUCCCCGGUCAAAUUCAGACCACCGUCCGGAGCUGAAGCAUCGGUCCAGACCCAGCAGCCGAGACAGGACCACCCAUCCCAACCUUCAGUCUGCAGGCCCAGCCAAGGACAGGGCCCCCAACACAGACGACCUCUCUGCAGAUAUCCGGGGCAUCCUGGAUGACCUGCAGCUGAAGAGCAGAGCCGAGGAGCGAGGUCCAGCGGAUCCCAGGAGAGGUUCAGAGUCCAGGGCCAGAACCACAGCAUGGACGACUGGUGGCUCCUCCUUAUGGGGCUCCCGAAGUGCCAGCCCUGCCAAGCGCAACAAGCCGGAGCCCUCAGAACCAGCGCCCAGGAAGAGGCACUACGACUCCGACUCAGUGCGCCAGUACAUCGCCCGGCAACAGGAGGAGCGCAAGAGACGUCAGGUGGAGGAGCGGAGGGCCCAGAGGGAGGAGGCGGAGAGGAAGAGCCAACGUCUGCAGGAGCUGUACAGGAAGCAGAGAGAGGGGGUAGCCAAUAAGGGCCCUGCACUACCGGAAAGCCCAGUACAGAAACGCCUGCAGGAGACCUACACCAAACUACUUCUGGAACAGGCUCAGCUAGGAGAGGAACCUCUGCCUUCCCAGACACAGCCAGCAUCUGCCACAGUCAUUUACCAGCAGAAGUCCCUGUACCAGCCAUCCGGGGAGUCGGACAAGGAGAACAAGAGACAGGAGAGACCCCAGAGUGCCUCUUCCAGCAGUGACCUGUCUCUUUCUGAGCCCCCGCCCCCUCCACUCUCAAGGAAUGAGUUGGGCUUGGGAGUUCCAUCGUGGCUGCAGCCAGACCGCCUGAGUUCUGCAGUCAGACCCUCCACCGCUCUGGCUCCACCCACAGACCAGCUCUUCUCCCCACUCUUAGGCCCGGAAACAGCAGGGAGCUCUGGUGGGAGGGGAACCAACCCCCCAGCAAGGCCCCAGCACUCCACUCUCAAUGGAGCUGGCAUCAAGACCAAGAUGAACCGCAUUGAGGCCCUGAAAGCCACCGCUGCGUCCUUGUCCACUCGCAUAGAGAGUGAAGCGAGGAAACUGGCUGGCGCAGGGAUCAACUAUAGCUGUGCAUGGGACAUGGACGUGACUGGUCUGACCCCUCCGGAUGACGGCCACUGGGCCAAGCCUGUGAGCCCACCGGUCAGAGAGAGAGCUGAUGCUGCUGACGAGCUGUCCAUGAGGAUCCAGAGGCUGCUGAGUGCUGGCCAGAGCACAUACAACGGAGCUCUCCCAGGGGUGGGCAACCUGCACAGCUUCAGAGAGCAGAGAGACAGGACCUCUGCUCCAGGCAGCAGGCCCCAGACAGCCCCAGGCCUCGGCUCCCAUAAGGAGCCAGAGGAGGAGAAGGGAGGGAAGACCAUCACCCAUGACUCCAGUGGUGAGUCCAUCAGUGAGGGCCCACUGCUGAGCGAAUGCAGCCUGUCGGAGAGCGACGGGAGCCCCCUCACCAACAUAAAGGGGGUCCCAAAACCGGCAGAGCGUCUUGGGGCUCUGGACUUCUGUGCAGGCCAGCGGGAGGGCUUCCAGCCCAUCUCUCACUUCCAGAGAGAGGCAGAGAAGUACCCGGGGCUCAGCCCCCUCUCUCAGCAACGGGACAGCAGCCGUGGCCCAUGGGAGGAACUGGCCAAGGGAAGCCCUCAUAGUGUCAUCAACAUCUUCACCAAGAACCACCUGCUCAACCACACCAAAGUUGGAGGAGAGGAGCGAGCAGACCGGCGUUCCCCUCCUGUGCAUUGUGGCCUGUCUGCAGCCAGCUUAGUGGAUGGGGCACCAAUGUAUGAGGAUGACUUUGUGUCAUCCCGUAGCAGCGGCGGCAGCAGCCAAUAUAAGAAAAUAUACAACGGGCGCAGUGUCACGAGUGGGAACAGUCACUAUGAUGAGUUGAUGAGUCGCAGGUCCCCUUAUGACACCAGGACUGUAGUAGACCUGCCAUCCCAUCACUCCGCAGGCUCCACACCAGUAUCUUCACCUCACUCAAAGGGCUCUGUGAAAAGGGGCUCUGCUUCAGACAAGAGUGAUGCCACUCUGGUGGAGGAGCAGAGGAGCCCCUGCUACCCGGGCUUGGAGGCCCUGACUAGAGACUCCAGAUGGGGAGGCUCAGUUUCCGAGAGAAGCUCUGUCCACAACCUGGUGAAGAGCGCCUACUCUGACUGUACACUAGGUGGCGCAUCUGGCGACACACUCCGCAGUUUGGGCUUGGACAAUAAGAAAUCCACCAGAAGCCCUGGCCUGUCUCCAGCUGGCUCUCCUACAGGCUCUGGUUCUCCUCGUGUGUCUCCAAGCAGCGCCUCCCUAGCCGGGGCAGACACCCUGGGCCUGGGGUCCGGCUCUCCUCACUCCUCAGCCCGCCCCAGCUCAUCCUCUUCCCUGUCGUCUUCAGCCAGAGCAGAGCCCAAGGCUGCAGGUGAUCUCCACUACACCCCAGGGGUGUUGCAGCAGCGUAUGUCUGCAGAACUCAAUUACCUGGAAUCUAUAGAGGAGUCAGUGCGUCAGCUGGGUGACGUGGAGAGGCUGAGGGGCGUGUCUCUGGCUCAGCAUGAAAGCGUCUCGCUCGCCCAAAUACUCAAGGCGCAGCAGCAGCGGCACGAGCGUGACCUUUAUGAGCUGAAGGUGAAGGCAGAGCAGGAGGCACUGGAGACCCAACGUCAGCUGGAGGAGACACGGCAGAAAGCAGCCAGGGCUCACGUGGAGCUGCAGGAGAACAUGGCUCAGACCCAGCAGCAGUCUCUGGGAGGCAUGCAGGAGGCCACCACUAAGAUGAUCAGCCAACAGGCUGAGUCUGUACGCUAUACGGCCGAAGCUGCCCGCCAGAUCAAAGAGAUGACCGAUCUGGCACGUUCUCAGAUUGCUGGAGCCAUAGGUGUCCCUGCUGCUGCUCCCAUCACCACCCUGUUUGACCAGCAGAGGCAGCAUCACCAGAGCUUCAUGAAGCAGCUCCAGUCCCGCACUGACACAGAGAGCUCCAGGAGUGAGGUGUCUGCUGCCUGGACCAGGACUGAGGAUCCCCUCUCCUCCCUGGACAGCCGCUCUGACUCCAUCCCCUCCAGGAGACCCACCCUCAGUGGUGGAGAGAGUAGCAGCCACAUGAGUCCCUCCCUGGCCUCAUCUGACAAGAGGGAGAGGAGGAAGUCUGAGACAGGUAACAGCUCAGUGGAGGAGGAGGCCCAUACAGCAGCUGAUGACUCCAUCCCCAGUGACAGCGUGCAGUCCCUACUGGAUGAGAAAGACAGCACCUCAGUUGCUACAGAGUACUCUCUGAAGUUUGAUGAGUCAAUGACGGAAGAUGAGAUUGAGGAACGUUCGUUCCGCUCUCUGCUUCCCUCUGAGUCCCACCGGCGGGGAGCGGUGGAGAAGAGAGGUCCCCGUGAGGACUCAGACAACCAACCCAGUCAGGAGAAGACCUCAGAACAGGACAGCUCCAAGCAGCAGCAGGAUGGCAGCAUGCCCUUCUCUAGCGGGCAGGACAGCUUCUCCAGGUUCACCAUGGACAUGGUGCGUCAGUACAUGAAGGAGGAAGAGGUGCGCGCCCACCACCAGAGCUCUCUGCUGCGCCUGCGACAGAAGGCCCUUAAGGAGAAGACCAAGGCCGAGCUCGCCUGGCUGGAGCAUCAGAAAAGGCGCUUCAGAGACAAGGGUGAAGAUGACAAGAUGCCGCCCAUCAGAAAGAAGCAAAGAGGCCUACUGAUGAAACUUCAACAGGAGCAGGCGGAAAUCAAGUGUCUGCAGGAGGCCAACAAGGCAGCCAGGAAGGAGAGGCAGCUGCUGCUCAAACAGCAGGAGGAGAUAGAGAGGAUGAGAUACACCACCCUCAAGCUGAAGGAGCGCCUCAAGUGUGCCAGCACCGGUGACACCCCACCAGAGACUCCAGUGUCAGAGCCCAUAGUUGAGGCAGCUUCCCUCAGUGCUGCGAUAACAGACGGGGAUGUGCGCAGUGCCUCUCCCCUCUCAGUGUCUGGCAGUGAGACCAGCAGCAUCAUGCAGAAGCUCAAGAAGAUGCGCUCUCACAUGGAGGAGAAGUUCCUGACCAAGCGGGAGCAGGGUUUGAUGCAGCGGCGGAGGCAUGCGGAGGAGCUGCUGGAGUGGAAGCAGAGGCUGGAUGCUGAGGAGGCAGAGGUGAGGCACAUGGAGAAGCAGGCCAUGGCUGCCUGGGACAGAGAGUGUCCUAGAGACCGAGACCAGAGGUCAGAACAGAGAGAGAGCCCCAGCCCCAGCCAGCACAGCCCUGAGGGCAGAACUGACAGAGACUCUGUGAGUGGGGGUGACUACUCCCCAGUUGUGACUGGCUCCAGUGUGCACACAGAGCUGUCUGGGUCCCAGCAGCCAGACAUCCCCUCCACUGAUCAGCCUUGCUCUGUCUCUGAGCUGCCCUCUGCCCAGCACAGCCCCUCUAUCUACACCCAGGACUUUGACUCCCCCUCUGCUAGCAGGAGGUCUCUACCAAAAGCCAGCCUCGACACUAACACACACACAGAGGGCAGCAGCAAGAUGCAGCUCCGCUCCUCCUCCAGGACCGCCAGCCACGACCCCAAGGCCACUGACACCCCUUCAGGCAUACACACAGAGCCCAUGUCAGAUCAGAGAGAUAUCGAGAGCCGUAUACGUGCCCUGAAAGAGGAGCUGCGCAAACGCAAGUCUGUGGUGUACCAUCUGAAGAAAGAGCAGAAGAAGAGGCACAAAGAGCGUCUGAAAGCCCAGGAGGCCAGCCUACUGAAGCAGCUAGAGUCCUACAAUGACUUCAUUGAGAAGACCAAGACUGAGUUGAAUAAGGAACCAGACUCGACACCCUCUGCCAAGCCUCAAAUCAAGGCCCCCAUCUCAGCCACAGAGAAGCCCCAGAUUAAAUCACCACCUCCUUACAGGUCUGAAACCAGCAAAAACUGGAAGGUUGUCUCUGACUCUGAGAAAGCUGAGAAGACCCUUCCACAUUCUCCAGUUGGACAAGAUGACCUCAGUAAAUAUACCUCAGGGCAUGAGGAGUCCUCAGACGAGGACCCCCCUACAGUCACCCCAACUCCAGUGUAUGGGAGUCCAGAGCACACCAACGGUCUAAGGGGCCUGCUGUCCCCCGAGAAUCUCCCCAGGCAGCCUUCUGAGGGGGCACUCCCUCUGAGGGAGCCAGCCAGACCACAGGCCACCGACUCGGGGGAUGAGAGCGUUGUCUCCAGCCUCCGGUCAGAGGUCAUGGAGGAGCUGAAGUCUGAAGGCUCUGAGCAUUCUCAUUCCCGCUCUGAAGACCGACACUUUGACCAUCUUCUCAAACUUGACCUAGAGCAGAGACCAGCUUCCCAGCAGCACCAGUCUCUGUCUGAACAUGUUCCCAUAAAGAAAGGAGAACAAGGGCUUUCCCCGAUAAGCAGUCUUGAUGUUGAUGAGAAAUCACCAUCCCCCAUCAAAGAGCGAUCAUACAGCCCUGAGUCUGAUGCUUUUUCGUCAAAUAGGGACUUUUCAGCCAAGGGUAAGGAGGCCUCUCCUUCAGCUGAUGAUUAUCAUGAGGACUUUGAAUCCUCAGUGGAGUCAUCACUCAGGGAGGACAACCAAGGCUCCAAACCUACCUCACCGUCCCGCCAAGAGACCAGGGAGGCUUCCCACAGUAGUUCACCCUUCUACAGUAGUGAGGAGGAUAUCGGUGAAGAGCUGAGUGAAAGAUCUGGAGCUAGUUGUGGCAGUCCUUGCUCUGAAAGACUUUUGGACCUGAAUAGCCAGACCAAGGAUUCCCAGGAGAAGGUCAUUAGUUCAAACCGCUCUCCAACUAUCUCCCCUUCCCAGACACCACCUUCACAAUCAGUGGAUGAAAUGCCUUACUUCACCAUUGGGGACAGGGUUUUAGUGAGCAACGUCCAGCCUGGUACGCUUAGAUUCAAGGGCCACACCAGCUUUGCCAACGGCUUCUGGGCUGGAGUAGAGCUGGACAAGUUUGAGGGAAGCAACAAUGGCACCUACGAUGAGGUGGUUUACUUUGAGUGUGAGGAGGGCCAUGGCAUCUUCGCUCCUCCAGACAAGAUCUCCCAUCUGCCAGAUAAGUUUGAGAUCUAUGUGGAAACCACAGAGGAUGAGGACUCUUUCCUUGAUGACCAGUCUGAAGACGAGACAAAGAAACACCACAUUGAGAAGACACACGGGGGGAAUCUGAGAAAUAGAAAAGAGGAAACAUCUCAGAAGAGUUAUGUUUCUGAAGACAAAGGACCUACUGAUGUGAAUGAUGGUUCAGCUGAACACAAGACAAACCUGACCAACUCGCAUGAGUUCAAAGAGGGAGAGUAUCCAUUGUCCAAUGGAAGAACCAAGACAAUCAUUCUGGACCUUGAAGAUGUGCCUACCAGUCUCUUCAGCACUGACAUAGACAGUAAGAUAGCCUUGGGGGGAAAAACUCUUAAAGAGACCACUACCCUCAUUGAGAGGGAAGGCCUAGAUACCCAUCAGAAGUCUACUCCAGAGCAAACCGUGGAGAAAGACGCCCUCGGUGCUUUUGCAGAUAAGCUCCUCAACAACUUCAUGAAAGAUGCUGUGAUGCAAUUCACACAGAUCAGGAAGGCCAAAGAAGAGAAGAUAUCAGCUUAUAAUCAAAUGCAAGAUGACUUUUUUAAUGAUGAGGGUGGGGUGACUGUCUCCCAACCACAGUCUGUAGCACAAAGAGAUGGUCUGCCCUUCUUCCUAGAUGCAGAGCAAGAAGAGCAAGUCUCCUCUCCAGAACUCUGUAACCGGCCUGAGAGUCCAGUGUUGGGGGCCAGUGGUCAGGAGGAGUUGGCCAAACGUCUGGCUGAGCUGGAGCUGAGCCGCGAGCUACUGGAUGAACUGGGAGACGAGCAGGACUGGUUCGAUGAGGACUAUGGCCUCAGCUCUCAUAGAGAGCAGCAAAGACAGAAACGGAAGCAGCAGCAGGAAGAAGAGGGGCUGUCUGCUGGCUCAGGAUGCCAGGUGAAGACCCCACCCAGACCAGAGUUGCCCCUGCAGCCCAAGCUCCCUGAGCAGCCUGCUAUGGUGGUUCCCCACUCCGCCCCUGAAGUGGAGAAACUGGUCCAUGCUGCCACCCAGGAGAUCUGGGACAGAUUUAAACUGGGCCAGGGCACACAGACCCUCGCUGGUCUCCCCGUCCUCAAGCCUUCAGAGGAGUUCCUGGGCUGCGAUACCAUAGGCCAGGAUAAAGGUCAAUGUGUUCGCAGCUACAGACAGGCUGUUUAUGACUUAACAUGGGAGAUCAUCCAGGAGAUCUUUGCAGAUGAUCCUAAUGCCCAUCAGCCUCAGUGGGUGAAGCCUCGACGCAUGAACUCCUCCUAUUUCCAUAGAGUAAUGAGCCCUGGCGACAUCACCAGGGUUCAGGUGUUCAUCACCACCGAGGUGUUGAAGCUGUAUGGCCUGAAGAAAGACCACAACCAGAAAACAGAUUGGCAGAAGAUGCUGAAAUUCGGGAGGAAAAAACGGGAUCGAGUAGAUCAUAUUCUGGUCCAGGAGCUUCACGAGGAAGAGUCUCAGUGGGUGAACUAUGAUGAAGAUGAGCUCUAUGUCAAGAUGCAGUUGGCUGACGGGAUCUUUGAUGCAUUGAUAAAGGACACGGCAGAAGUUCUCUCUCAAAUUCAGGAGAAGAGAACAAAAAGAGCCCUUUCCUGAGCUUUUAAACCUCUGUUUUAAACCCACCAGACAUUUCCUCCCACAGCCAAUGUGCCAAUGAUCUCCGGAUGCCUUCAUUUCAGUCAAACUGGUACCUCUCUGCUACACAGAUUUGGAUCAGCUAAUUGUGUAUCUACCACAUGUCUUACACCAAACAUCUUUGAUCCAGCCUUUAACCAAUAUGUAAAGCCUCCCACGCUGGCCCACCUGUUAAUGGCCAGUCAAAGAUGGAGUAGACCUAGUUUUGCAUUAAAUUAAUCAAUGCUGCUAAAUGUAAUGUUCCAUGACAAACUCAUGGUUUUUGUAAUGAGCACAGGGGUAAUUUGACAAGACACUAAAGACAGGACGAUAAGGAUUAAUAGAGUAUGGAAGAGUCAUUGGGGUUAUCAGAUCUUUUUUUUAAAUUAUAGUAUACAAAUAAAUAUUUUGCCUCCCGUAUUGUGAUAUUUAUUGUGAACUAUUUGAUUAGAAUUUUUUUUUUGAGGUAAUCUUGCUGUUAACAUGUUUAGAAACAAAGUUUAUUUGAGCAUUUUGUAAAACAGACUGAUGAAAUAACAAAGCACAAAAAUAAAUGGGAAUGUGAAAAUGGCAAUUCACUGUAUAGGGAUUUAAAGGGAAUGUUGAAAAGACCUGCAAAGAUAUCUAUUUGUAUUUAAUAUUUAAAUAUCUUAUUAGUAAUUGGUGGAUUUGAUCCCUGUCCCCUUUCUUCCAUCGUUUUACCUGUUAACUAGCCUCUUGGCCACAAACAGACACCAAGAGGUUCUACAUGGUUAGUUUAGAAACCUUUAAUUCUGUCAUGCUGGAUUCAAGCCUUAAGAUGAGCUUUUUACCUGUUUCAGUUAAAGUGCCUCUGUUCUGUAUGAUUAUGAAUUGCCUCACUCAAGAAGAGCAACACAAUUUAUAGUCCUUAAGUGAUGUCUCUACUCUUUUAAUGUUAUUUACAUAUAUACCAUGUUUUUCAUAAAGACCUAAAGGAUAACUUUUCCCCAACUGGGUAAACCUUCA